AUGCCUAUAUUGGAAAAGGCAAUACAGACAACUCAGAUUGAAGGAAAGCCUUGGAAGGAGCAAUUGUGUACAUUUCUUCGAAAUUAUCGUGCUACCCCUCAUUCUACCACCUAUACACCGCCAUUUGAUGCUAUGUUUCAACGACCAAUGAAAACUAAAUUACAGAGGUACCCAGCAACGUGGAAACAGCCGAGUUGAAAUCCAAUCAAUCGCAGAAAACUGAUGACUUUCCCUAACGAGUUGAGACAGCAAAAAACGAAAUGAAAUCGUACACUGAUUGACAAAGACGUUCCAAAUCAUCAAAGAUUGAGGAAGGAAAUUCUGUCUUGGUACGAAAUAAAAAAAGAGGCAAGCUGCAAACACCAUUUCAACCAACACCAUAUGAAGUAAUAAAAAAGAAAGGUUCGAUGAUAACUGCCCAAAGAGGAGCACAUCAAGUAACAAGGAAUUCAUCUCAUUUCAAAAAGGUUAAUGUGGGAACGAGAUUGGAAUCUGGUCCACAAGAGUGCCUUGAGUACUCAGAUGAUGACUCGUUAUCUAACGACAAUUUUACAGAACAAACUUCAACGAUACCGUCAAAUACUGAAACAGAACACGAUGGUGAAAUAUUAAGAAGAUCGUCUCGAGUUCGAGUACCUCCUAGACAUUUAACAGAUUAUGUGUGGACUUUAGAUUUAUACAAUAAUAAUUAA